UUCCUCUGCGCGUCUCUCUCAGAUUCAGCCCAGCCAGCGUGCCAGGAGCAUGACGGCGGACUGGUCGGUGUCGAGUCAGAGGAGAGCGCAGAGGAGAAGGGCCAUGAGAGCGCGUCUGUAGACCCCCACCCAGCCGGGAAGAUGGCGCAGAGCGCGGCGCCGCGGCGCACAGAAGCCCGCUGCUGAGCGGCAGGAUGGUCGGAGAGUUUCUCCUGCGCAGAGCCUGACGAGGAAACAGCCGGACAUGGCGCGCCGCUCCCAGUGUUCCUCUGCCGGGGACAACCCCCUGGACCCCAACUACCUCCCCCCCCACUACCGGGAGGAGUACCGCCUGGCUAUCGAUGCCCUGGUGGAGGACAGCUUGGACGGAUACUUGGAGUUCCUCCAGAAGGCGGACGUGGUGGACUUCCUGUCCCCCAAUGAGCUGCAGUACAUCCAGAGCAUCGUCCAGCCUCCGAGGCAGAGCCUCCACCCUGAGCAGCAGUUCCUGGACUGCGACGGCGAAGGCUCCUCGGACACCUACUGGCCCAUCCACUCGGACCUGGACGUGCCGGGCCUGGACCUCGGCUGGCCUCAGGUGCAUCACUUCAUCGAACCCACGGAGGUCACCACCCUCGUCAACCCCCCCGAGCCGGACAUGCCCAGCAUCAAGGAGCAGGCCAGGCGGCUCAUAAAGAACGCCCAGCAGGUCAUCGCCGUGGUGAUGGACAUGUUCACCGACGUUGACAUAUUUGCGGAUAUUCUCAACGCCGCCGGGAGGAGAGUGGCCGUCUACAUCCUGCUGGACGAGCAGAACGCCGAUCACUUCGUCAACAUGGUGGCCAACUGCAGAGUGAAUCUGCAGGCCUUCCCAUUUGUCCGCGUGAGAACGGUGUCCGGGAUAACGUAUCAGUGCCGCUCGGGGAAAUCCUUCAAAGGCCAGAUGAUGGACCGCUUCCUGUUGACAGACUGCAGGGCUGUGCUGAGUGGAAAUUACAGCUUCAUGUGGUCGUUUGAGAAGCUGCACCGCUGCAUGGCGCACCUCUUCCUGGGACAGCUGGUGACCACCUUCGACGAGGAGUUCAGGAUCCUGUUCGCUCAGUCCCAGCCGCUCAACGUUGAACUCAUGCUCUCUCAGAUGGAGGAACUAAGCCUUUCACAGAAGAGACACCUUCCCAGCGAAAACCCUCCCCUGUACAGAGAGCCUAAGAGGUUCCUGUCUAUGGACGUUCUCCCUGAUGACAGGGCCAUACAUUUGUACGAUGAGCCAAUGGACGGGAAUCCGAGGAUGAUGGCUCUGAAAAGGCAGGGGUCCCUCCGCGGCCCCACUGACAUGUAUAACAGGUUUGGUUCCCAGCAGCUACGCGUCGACCCCGGUUAUGAUCAGGGCCCCCGCAUGUUGAUGACAGAUAAUCCUGCCUUAAAGCGACACUCUUAUGCUGAAGACGUUCCAGGCAGAUACUCGUUCCCAUACUUGCCCCAACAGGGAGUGCCUGACUCCGAUCCGAGGGAGAAGCUCUUUCUCAGGGGCCAGCAGCCGUUUCCAGGACCGGCGCCAGAGGACGAAUACAGCAGCUACAAUAAGUUCUGGGAUCAAGGCUAUCUGCAAGGAGAGCAGUACCCGGCACCAGGUUUACAGCACGACGCACCAGCACCUGAAUUUGACCCUGUUCUCAACUAUCUAUCAUCCACCAUGAAUCCGGACUAUGAUCAAGGCCCCGAUAAAUUACUCCCACCGGCAGAUUUAUCGUUCACCUCCUCGCACCCCAAACGGCUGGGCAUAGGGCAGCCAAAGGUCUGCCAAACCUCUCCUACCCCUUCCAACUCUGCCGGUCAGAAGCCUUUUUACCACGACCCCACCGAGAACCGCAAGGAUCCCACUGUGAAACAGAAGCUGAGGAACUGGAGGAUUGGCUCAUACCUCAGUGCAUGUGAUAAUCCAGAGGAGGAAGGCCUCCCCAUGGGUCCGACUGCGCCGGCAGAUCCAUUCGAGGGACCUCUGAGCCUCACCCAACAACCGGCCCCAGGGGCAGACCUAUCAGGACUCAAAGUACCCAACGUCAAAGAGUUCAAGGUUCCCCACAUACCCAGGAUCAGCCAGAUGCCGAGCUACGGCAAAGCAACUCAAGAGAAACCAAAGAAAGUUCUGGAUGAGUCUGCUUCAGCGCUGGCAGAGACCAGAACCACGCCGAUGCCUUCUGAAACCGCCGCCGAGGUCAGGAAAAAGGAGGAGGAAGACCAAAAAAGGCCAGGAGCCACAGGGCUUCAGAGGAAUGAGUCUUUCCGGAGGAAAUGCAGUGCAGCGAUGCAGAGGAGCUCCAGGUUAAGGUCUUCCCUGAUAUUCAGCUCCCUGGACCAGCAGAACCCCCAAGAAACCCCCGCUGCAGACCAGGACGACGAGGGAAGUGACAAAGACAAAAGCGAGCAGACCAAACUGCCCCUGGUUUCUCAGGUCUUGGGUCAAAGGAAGCCUGCUACGAGAGAACCCAUCGAGUGGAGUCGUUACAUAAAGCCCACCUCAGAAACGCUCAAACCAGAUCAGGCGAGCAAGCAAGGAGAGGAUAAAGACUCAUCCAGCGGGAGAAAUUCCCAAGACGUUGCAGAAACCCCCGAGGCGAACGAGCCAUUAAAGCACGCAGCUGUAGAACAACACGGCGUUUCACCAACGAUGCCUCGAGCCAAGCUCCCUGGAGCCGAGGCUCCCAGGACUCAUCAGCCGGUACAACCGACCCAACCUCUGCCUGCUUAUGUAGAUAUGAACGACCCGGAUAACAGGCUCAUGUUUUUUAAAGAGCUGGCAGCCCAACGUAGAGCUGCUAAAGCUGCAGAGGCUCAAAAGGAAAAAGAGAAGACGGAGUUAAAAGCACAACCAGAACUCCAGAUCACUUCAGUUUGCCAGAAGGAAGAAGCUCUUCCUAAAGAAAGUCCUGGAACCUCAGCAGCUAAAGAGUUAGUAAAAAAUUCCUCCAAGCCCUCUGAUGAGGAAAAAACCGGGCUGGACGGCCAAUCGGUGACGAGCGUUUCUGUUUCAGCAGAGACGGAUGAACCUGCUAGUAAACCUCUACAAGACCCAACUGCCUCAAAUCCUUUAGCCAAACAAGGUUUAUCUCCACUGAUGCCUCGAUCCAAGCCCAUCCAGGACGAGCUACCUAAAACCGAUCAAACGGUACAUCUUAGCAAUCCUUCACUCUUAGCCUCAUCAUACAUGGACAUGAACGAUCCUGAUCACAGGCUCAUGUUCUUCAAAGAGCUGGCAGCCAAACGGAAAGCUUCAGAAGCUAACAAGGCCAAAGAGAAGACCCAAACACACCCACAGUCGGAACCCCAGACCACUUCAGGGAGCCAGGCGGGACCGGAUGCUCCUGAGGCAACACUAGAAAGCAUAAAGCCCUCAACAGCGAAGGGUUCACCCGUAGAAAACACUACGGCGUCCACAGAGAGAGCCGACGCAGCGUCUCCUUCUUUAAAGGACGAUGAAGAUACCAGCAAGCAGGACGGUCUCUUCAAAACCGACUCCAGUACCUUUAACACUUCUGAAGAGCAAGCACCCAGCAUUCCUGCUGAAUCAGAGAAAACAGGCUUGGAAAGGCAGUCUGCUGAAGGUACAGAACCAGGUCCGAGCAAAUCAGCAGAACUCCAAACUGGACCAGAACCUUCUGUAGAAAAUCAAUCACCCAAGCAAGCAAAUGCUGCCAUUUCUGCUCCCGUGGAGGACGGUGACCAAACAGAACCCCUUCCUUUAGACGCAGGUUCAGUCGCUCCCAGCUCAGUGGAGGGUUCAUCAACUUCGGACCCCCAAAACACUGAGGUGGUUCAGCAUGAAACCACCAUCUGUCCCCCUCCACCUCCAUCUGAGGCAGAAACUACGCUGCAAGUAGGAACGGUUGAACCGCCGGAGCAAAGCUCUGCUCCUGAUACCCCUCCAGCCGAAUUGGGUUUGCAGAACCACCCUGCCGCUGCUGAAGAGACCUCAGUUUCUGAUCUUGACCUAGAAGCUAACAACUCCACUAAUGGUACCAGCUCCGGGACUAUUACCAGCACACCGGGCCCAGAUGCUGAUGAGAUCAAAGCUCAGGAAACUGUCAGCUCCUCCCAGCAGGAGUCCUCAGAAUCAUCCGGAGAACCUUUACAGAACUCUGACACCCGGGACGACCCAGCUCCUCCGGGUACCGUUCCCCCAUCUGCUCCAGCCGAAAACACCUCAGUGGCCAAUGCUACGGAUGCAGAGCCUGAUGUUUCUGUAGAAAAACGGCCUGUUGAUCAGGAGCCAAACGAGCUGAAUCCAACCACAGAGACAAACAGGGACGAGUCUUCUGCUGAUGUACCGUCAGUUGAUGUAAAUGUUCCAGAGUCAGGACAAGAAGAGUCCGCUGCAGAGAAGGGCAAGGCCCACGAAUCGCCUGAAGAUGCUAAAGCUGAUAGCACGUCUCCGGCUGUUUGCACGGCUCUACCUGAUACCGGUUUGCCUGGUGAAUCUGGUCCAGAGACAGAGUCUUCUGGACCAGAUUCAGAAAAGACAGCUUUGUCCGUCGCAGCUCCAGGUGAGAAACAACCUGAAGAUGCGCCUUUGGAACCAGGGUCACUGGGAAAUGCAGAGUCUUGUAACGCCUCACAGCUGGAAACAGCUGAACCUCCACAAGACACGCCGGUCCAAACUGCUCCGCCCUCUGACAUCAAGCUGACAGACGUGAACGCACCCUCAGCUGCUGAAGCAUUAUCGUCAGAGUCAGACCCGUCAGGUCUGGACCCUGACACUAAGAAAUCAGACACCAGUGUCCCUGCGGUGCCAAACCUCUCAGAUGCAAACUGCAUAUCCACUGAGAUUCAGCCAAAAUCAGAGGAAGCGGCUCAAUCACUGAGUGGCCCAGGUGGAGCUGCCACGGUGGCGCCGGCCGAGUCCCAUUUGCCAUGCAAAACAUCUGAAGUUGUCGCUCCUGAAAGCCAAACAGCAGAGCCAGCUGUGCCCGAGGAGAGCAGUAAAAACCGUCCCGAGAUAGCGCAGACGGACGAGAAAAAGUCCAACAAUCUAGAGGAGCCGUCCACUGGGGGAUCUGCAAACAAGGAGAAAACAAGAGAGCAACCAAAGCCGUGCCCUGAAGCCACAGAGGUCCCGUCCAAACAGCCCAAACCGAGUCAGUCCCGCUACCACUCCUCCACGGCCAACGUGCUCUCCAGCAGCAACCUCCGAGACGACACCAAGCUGCUGCUGGAGCAGAUCUCUGCUCAGUCCCAAAGCCGGAACGAAGCCACUAAAGACUCCCCCGUCACGGACGACGAGAAAGAAGACAAGGCCGACAAAAACGCCAAAAACGAAAAGGACUGGGGGUGCAGGGUGGCGAACAGGAGCCAGACCAAGACCCCCCAGGAGCGCGAGAAGCUGCUGGAGAAGAUCCAGAGCAUGAGGAAGGAGAGGAGAGUUUACAGCCGUUUUGAGAUGGCCCCUUAGAAUCCAAAGGAAGUUGAGAGAAAGGGAAGACAUGUUGGAUUCUGCUCGAUUCCUCCGGCUUUUAAUGCAAACAGGCUUUUUACGCACAGAAGAUUGAGUGGACCGGUGUUGCCUUCACAAGACGGAGCUACCAGCGGUCCAGAACGAUGCAAAGCUGUCCCAGCGGCACGCCCCGUAUGCAGUAAAGGACCUCUGACUGCCUUCGCAUCAUUUUACUACCAGAUGGGAAAGCAAAUCGGCUCUCGGCCCCAUCAAAGCCGCAUUUGCUGACUGCAUGGGUAAAGUGCAAUGUGUGCAACAGGACUUUUACGUGAUGGCGCCCGCCGUUGUCUUUUUACUGCAGAACGGACUCUAAAGUCGACUCGUCACGCGAUGUUAGAAAAAGCUGAAGUUAACAGUUUGUAAGACUGUCCUAUAGUUUGUUCUGUGUUGUUUUGUUGGACGUUUCCCUACGAGAAAAUCUGAUGGGCGUUUGUAGAUUAAGGGGUUAAAAGAAGUGGAUGUGAACGUUCACGUCUCUGCAUGAGAGAGAAAGGAAAACGUGGAAACGUUCACCCCCCCGAAAAGAAUCAAAGACUGAGAGAAGGUCGCCCCUGAGACAUGAAAUGGGAUUAUUUAGACACAAUGGGAUGUGUUGCUCAUGUAAUAUGAGAGACCUUGAAGAUAAUGUUUAUUUUCAAACUGGAGUUAAUUUUACUCAAAGUCCAACACAAUUUAUUGUAUCCCAACGUCAAUUCUUAAUUGAGAUUAUUUCCUUUUGCUGAUGUAAAUAAGAUCACUUGAAACUGA